AUGUGUUCUCCUGCAGACAGGGUCAAAGAGCUACUCACAAACGCCAUCAAACCUCAAAAAUUAAACGUUGUUGACGAAAGCGGUGGAUGUGAAGGAUUCAAAUUUCGAAUUUUGAUAAUUUCUGAAGCUUUCGGGGGAAAAAGAACUUUACAAUCACAUAGGAUGGUUCAAGCUGCUUUGGCCCCAAUGAUGGGCGAAACCCACGCAUUAACAAUCUGCGCUUACACUCCUGAAAAGUGGUCUCAGAUGACAUCAGAUGAUCGUCUAAACGCCGGAUGCCUUGACUUGGCCGAUGACAAUUAA